AUCUACGACUGUUGCGAACAUCGAGGACAACAAGGUCAUGCAUAUGGUGAGCUUAUUUUACCCAUAGGGAGUCUGGUCAGAACUAGGUUGGGAACAGCAACCGUCGGCAUCGGUUCCCACGCGUCAUUGUCAUAAAAGCAACGGCAGCAGAUUCCUGGGUGUCCUCUAUUUUGCUUGUCAAAUUGGACUUGUAUGCUUUUGCGUACUACUGCGUAUCUAACAAGCAAUUUCCACAGAAAACUUGAUAAGGAUUUUUCGUUCUGUACUGUACAUCCACUGACAUGUACCACAGCGAAGGUAACAUUCCUGCAAGUGUCAGGAAUGUUUGCCAAACUCCUGUAGCACCAAUGACAACAAAGACACCUUCAUGGAAUCGAACAAUUGAACGCUGCCGUGUUGGAGAGGCCCAAGUACACAGAACACCAGUGAUGGGACUCAAAGCCGAGGCUCGUCGUCUCAACUAUAAUAUCGAUAAGUGGGGCACUUGCCGCGGCAGGUGCACGUUGCGUACGCCACCAUCGAUGUCACGGCGUCAUUGGAUGCGGAUCAAACCGAUGCGCGGCGGUGGGUAUCGAAGUGGACCGCGGGGUCGUGGUGCGUUUGUAGCCGGACCUUCUUUUCCUAUGCGUCCGCCGCCGUUUGACGUCCACCUCGCCAAUGAUGUGUUUGUUCGAAUUAACGAAAACAACGAUACGCAACUUACGCAGGAUGUGGUAGCGCGCGCAACUGCUCUCACUCCUAGCGAUGCUGAAAGAGCCACGGUGGCUGCGUUGGUUUUUAAAGUCAAGACGGCUAUCGACAAGGUGAUAGCUACACCAGACUGCGUGCCCGGAGUGAAGUUUGAGGACUAUCGUGAAGUCGGAUCUUUCAAAAAGGAUACGGCAUUGACAGGACAUACAGUUGCUGACAUUGUUAUUGUAAUGCAGACGCUUCCAACGUUUGAAGCCGUGGCUGCUUUGGGCAAUAAACUUGCUGAGGAAGUGAGAGCGCAAAAGGAAGUGAUUUCCUGCGUUUCUCGCGAUUAUGGGUGCCUUCUGGCAGCAGCAAAUGCGCAAGUUCGCAUUCUCAUUACAACUCUACCCAGCAAUGCACCAAAUUUGGAGCAAGAUCUUCAUCUACCCGAGCGCAUAAUGAUGAUUAACCACCAUGCAAUUCGCCAUGUCAUCUGGUUCGAGGAAGCUACCUUGCAAUCCCCAUUCAAGAUGCUUGUUCGUGUGCUCAAAGAUAUCCGUCGACGAUACGUAGGCCUUCAGCCGUUGUCCGUAUGGGUUAUUGAGUACCUGGCUCACUUUGCGGUGAUGAAUACCUCUAAUCGACAGCCGCUUCCUCUUGGUCCAGCAUUCCGUAGAGUAUUUGAGGCGUUGUCAACAGGCAUUUUCCUCCCUGGAAGUCCUACGCUUUUUGAUCCAACCGAACCUGGAAUGCGCAUUGCAUAUGAUCUCUCUUUCGAAGAUAUGGACCUUGUAUGUAGCACAGCUCAAACUUUGCUGCGAGUGAUCUGUAAUGGUGGGCAUGCCGCUGUUUUGGGCACGGAUUCUAGCAAAAUUGGCAUUGAUCUCAGCAAAGAAGUGUCAGUAUGGAACGGUGUGGCAGUCUCUCCUCUAGAAGUUGCAUAUACGGAGGAUUGCAUGAAACCGAAAUUUUGUGAAGCUGAUGAAGCUUUGGAGGAAUGGUUCAAAAGUUGUGGGGGAUAUUUGACAUGAAGCGGCAUAUUCUGGUUGCGCGUGGUCCAGCAAUCUGCGCAAGUAAAUGAAAAAAUCUUGAUUUCGACAUUUAUCUCCGUUCGCGUACGUGAUGUACAAGUCCUGCAUCUGAUCUUGUCUUUUUAACGACUGUUUGUGGUUGUAUGUCAUGCGCAAGCUGUGUUCUCAGCCAAUACGCUUUGUUGUUAUGUGCUAAGUGAUUUGUUUUCAUUAUCUUUAUUAUCAUAAUCUAUUCAAUCUCAUUGACUUAGUGAGUAGUGGGUCUUUAUCGCAACGACUAGUGUAUCAUGAAAUGCUAAGUAAUCGCUUGAAAGUGUUCUGAC